GUCACUGUCAUUUGUACAGUGCUUACCACCACCAUGGCUGGGCAAUGUGCCAUGCGGGAUACUUGCGGGAGGAAGGGCAUAUUUGGUAGAGACUUACCAUGUCCGUAUGAUGGGCCUCCAGUCCAACCAGACAAUCGCAACCUCCUUAUCUCUAUUUGUGGUGCCGACUUUGCCACAGGACCCACCUGCUGUACCUCUGCCCAGCUCACUACUCUCCAGGACAACUUUGCACAGGUCACCGGCCUCAUUUCCUCUUGCCCCGCUUGCUUGAACAACUUCAAGUCUUUCUUUUGUUCCUUCACGUGCUCUCCAAACCAAGCGUCUUUUCUCAAUGUUACAUCUACUCAGUCGACCACGUCGGGCAGGGCGGUCGCUUCAGUCGACUUCUUUGUUGGAGAUACCUUUUCUCAAGGCUUCUUCGACUCGUGUAAGAAUGUCCAGAUGGGUGCCACAAAUGGCUUUGCCAUGGAUCUCAUUGGAGGCGGGGCGAAGGAGCCCAAGGCCUUCCUCAAGUACCUUGGAGACGAGAAGCCCAUUGGCAGUCCAUUUCAGAUCGACUUCCCCCCGUCUUCUGUAGAGAUUCCCGAAGGAAUCGAGAGGCUUGACCCUCAACCACGGAAUUGCGCAUCCACUGACCUCGGUAGUCGAUGUUCGUGCAUCGACUGCCCCGACAUAUGUCCAUCUCUUCCCGACAUCCCGGCCGCCGCCACGUGCAAUGUAGGCGUUAUUACGUGCUUGUCAUUCGUACUCAUCCUCGUAUGGUCUCUGUGCGUGGCAGGCUUCUUGGGGGGCACCAUUGUAGGGAGAACCAUCAGGAGGCGGAGAGAGAGGGGUUAUGAGCGAGUUGCGCUAAGUGCAGAGACAGCUUCGCUUUCGCCACGGUCAUAUUCACGAGGGCUGAUCGGUGCCGGUUCUUUGGCGCAGUAUUUGGAUGAGAAUGAAGCCGGAAACGGUAUGCGCAUAACGACGGAGGAGGAGCUGGGACGGGGCGCAUCGUUAUUAGACCCCGUGGAGACUGCGCAACCACGUCAGUACAAACUGAACAACGUCCUGAGGCGGGCGUUCUACCGGCUCGGACUCUGGGCAGCUUCCAGCCCAUGGCUCACUUUCUUCAUCUUUUUCACUCUUGUCGGACUGCUCAACGUGGGAUGGAAGAAUUUCGAGAUUGAAACAGACCCAGUACGGUUAUGGGUCUCACCUUCUUCGGAGAGCAAGAUCCAAAAGGAAUAUUUCGAUGAACACUUCGGGCCAUUCUAUCGAACUGAACAGAUUUUCAUCACUACCAGUGGCGAAGACAAGGAACCCGUUUUAUCUUGGGACCACUUGAAGUACUGGUUUGACGUCGAGGCAGAUAUUCGUGGGCUCAAGUCUCCGGAUGGAUAUACACUUGAAGAUGUAUGCUUCAAACCGGCUGGUCCUGAGGGCGCAUGCGUCGUUCAAUCUCUCGCUGCGUGGUUUGGGAACGAUUUAAGUGGGUACAACGAGAAGACAUGGAAGGGACAUCUGCAAGGAUGCGCCGAAUCUCCCGUGGAGUGUCUUCCAGAUUUUCAGCAGCCACUUGCACCACAGUAUGUCUUGGGUGGCAUUCCAUUAGACCAAGAGGGUCGGAAAAACUACUUUGGUGCUGAAGCCAUGGUGGUUACUUACGUGGUUUCGCAUGCGCCAGGUGUGGAGGAAUGGGAAGAGCUUCUUCGUGCCUAUCUCACUGAUCUGUCCGACCGGGUCGUGGAGGAGACUGGGCUGGAGCUGGGUUUCUCAACGGGAGUGUCACUGGAGGAAGAGAUCAAUAAGAGCACAAACACAGAUGUGAAGAUUGUUGUGCUUUCAUAUGUCGCGAUGUUCGUCUACGUAUCGUUGGCCUUAGGCAGUGGGGUUCACACAGAAGAAGAGGGGGUAGUUUCAUCACUUGUCAGAUGGACAAGGAAUUUCCCUGGUCUGUUCAAACGAAGCACCUCUGGUGCCAUGUCGAUUGACUCCCGGACUACGCCACGAUGGGUACCUAGACUCCCACGUACAUUAUUCACUACAUCCAAGUUCACCCUCGCUCUGUUUAGCAUAUCCCUGGUCAUUCUGUCAGUCUCAUCAUCUGUGGGAUUCUUCUCCGCGAUUGGUGUCAAGGUUACUUUGAUUAUCGCGGAGGUCAUACCGUUCUUAAUUUUGGCUGUGGGGGUAGACAACGUCUUCAUCCUGGUGCACGAACUGGGCAGACAGAACUUACUUCAUGGGCCUAAUGCUGGACUAUUAGAUGGAGGCGUAUUGUCGUCAGCCACCGAUUCUAACAUGUCGCGAGCGGGACAUUUGUCUCCUUUUGAUUCUUCGCAUGAAGAGGUGGACGCGGCGUCGGUUCCUUUGUACUUUUCCGCAGAGGAACGAGUAGCGCGGACGUUGGCGAAGAUGGGUCCUUCGAUCUUGCUGAGCUCAAUAACGGAGACAGUGGCCUUUUCGUUGGGUGCUGUAGUCCCCAUGCCGGCAGUGAGGAAUUUUGCGCUCUAUGCCGCAGGGAGUGUGUUCUUAAAUGCAUUGCUCCAAGUUACGGUCUUUGUCAGUGCUUUGGCGCUGGAUUUGCGGAGGUCUGAGUCUGGUCGUAUUGAUUGUAUUCCCUGCAUCAGAAUUUCGAGCCGCAUUGAGCUACUUGAUGUCCCCAGUGGCACAAGACUUGGAAAAAUUGCACGGUUCGUAAAGAGACAUUACGCGCCAUUCUUGUUGAAGCCUGCUGUGAAGGGCAUCGUCGCUCUCGUAUUCUCUGGCAUAUUCGUAGCUUCUGUCAUUUCAAUACAGCACAUAGAGCUUGGUCUUGAUCAACGUCUGGCAUUGCCUUCUGAAUCAUAUCUUGUACCAUACUUUAAUAAGCUCGAUGAAUACUUGGACGUCGGACCUCCCGUCUACUUCGUUUCGACGGACAUCAACGUAACCCAGCGAUCCGGACAACAGGCACUUUGUGGCCGAUUUACAACAUGCAACGAGGUUUCUGUCGCCAACAUCCUUGAAGCCGAACGCAAACGCCCUGAAACAUCUUUCAUCUCUGAGCCUAGUGCUUCUUGGAUAGAUGAUUUCCUUGGGUGGUUAGAUCCCGCUAAAGAGGCGUGUUGUCGGGUACGGAAGCGAAACCCCGAAGUGUUUUGCACUGAGCGCGACUCGCCUAGAUUGUGUCAACCUUGUUAUGAAGGCAGGGAGCCUGCUUGGAAUAUCACGAUGCGGGGGCUUCCGGAGGGCGACGAGUUCAUGAAGUAUCUACGCCAGUGGCUUAUAUCGCCCACAAAUGAAGAAUGUCCGUUGGCUGGGAAAGCAUCGUUUGGUAUGGCGCUAUCACUGAGUCAAUCCGACGAGGAGGGACCAGGAUCCGUAGUUGCCUCACACUUUAGGACGUUCCACAAGCCGCUCAAAUCGCAAGCGGAUUUCAUACAUUCCUUUGAAGCAGCUCACCGAGUCGCGGAUGAUAUUUCGGAGAAGACGGGAUCAUAUGUGUUUCCGUACUCACUGCAUUAUGUGUUUUUCGACCAAUACGCGCAUAUUCUCGCCAUAACGCAGGAGGUCCUUGGACUCGGGUUGGGUGCAGUGCUUUUGGUAACCGCGAUCUUCCUGGGUUCAUGGCGCACGGGUAUGAUUGUAACGGGCGUUGUAGGGCUUACAGUGAUUACAGUCAUGGGUGUGAUGGCCGUUUGGGGCGUCAGUUUGAAUGCUAUCAGUCUGGUGAACUUGGUCAUUUCGCUAGGUAUCGCGGUGGAGUUUUGUGUACAUGUAGCAAGAGCAUUUAUGAGUGCAGGCUCGGGUCUUCCGGUGGAUCACCCUGCAGGGCAGAAGGAGCGAGAUGAGAGAAUGUGGACCGCUUUAGUUGAUGUCGGGCCUUCGGUAUUAUCUGGUAUCACAUUUACAAAGCUCAUUGGAAUGUGUGUAUUGGCCUUAACACGCUCAAAACUAUUAGAGAUCUAUUAUUUCCGCAUGUGGCUCACGCUCAUUAUAUCGGGUGCUUUGCAUGGGUUGGUCUUGCUUCCCGUGAUUCUGAGCGUUGCCGGAGGGCCAGGAUUCCCUCUACAAGAGGCAGACGAGGAAUGGAUGACGAAUGCUAUAAGAAAUGAUUAUGAAUAUGCGCCUUUCUUGGCCGACGAUGAUUCGGUUGCUAGUGAUUAGAUCUGUUUGUAUUACUUGGAUUGCUAUAUGGACAGCUGUGUAUCCUUUAACGACACCUGCAAGUAAUUUCAUUAACGCAGAACUUUUUUUCAAUACUUGGAAGCAUCUGAAAGUAUGGUAUAUAAGUAUAAGUAUCGUA